CCUUCAGUGCUUUUGUUUUAUGCUGUCAAACAUUGAAACUAUAUGAAACGUUACAUCUGAUUUGAUUACCAAUUUCAAUUCAAGCGGGAUUUCAUUGGUACACGAAACCUAAGACCACGAAACAAGUAAACAUUAUGUCCCACAUCGAUCUAUUUGGUGAAGCUGAAGAUUAUGGUAAUGAAAAUGAUGGGGAGAUUAGCCAUGGCGGUAAUGAUGAUAAUGAUCAAGAUGCCCCAGAGGGGGAUGGCAAGCCCGUUAAAGUUGAGCCAAAAAAGAAAGUUAGUCGCAAUCCCCGGUUUAUGCUAAACGUCCAGCGACUCUGCGAUUCGAGAGGUAUUGUAGACUUAGAGAGUUAUUACAAAGGUAUUAAAUUUCGUGGCAAAGGGUAUGAGAAAGAGGAUCUCGACGUAGUAAUGAAGAAAAUGCAACACUGGGCACAUAGGAUGUACCCUAAGUACGGACUUGACGAUAGUCUUGCUGCGAUUGAAAAACUAGGCAGAAAGAAGCAAAUGCAAUCGUACAUGUAUAAGUAUCGGAUGGGGCAGUUGGAGCCAGAUGUUAUUCUUGAUCAAGAGGACAUGGAGGGUGAUGGUCUUGCAUAUGAUUCGAAUAUUUUGAAUAGAUCAUUGGACCCAUUGGAUACAAUGCUCGAGGAACAAAUCGCGAUAUCACGUGGUGGGAAUCUGAACGUCUCCGGUGUUGGUAACCUUACAGCAUCGGAAAGUAAUUUCGAUUCACUACGAGAUAAUGGUGGUGCGUCUUCCAGUGUCAAAACCACGCCGCCUCAACCAACGAGAGCACCAUCACCUGAAUUAUCUGAAGACAUGCGUGCAAAAAUAGCAGCAAAUCGAUUGAAGGCUUUAGAAAUAAGACGGGCAAAAAUGGCUGCAUCUGCUAGCAGUGCAGCAACGCCGCCAGGACCUGUUGGAGAAAGUGGGUAGAUCAUAAAUGUUAAAAAUAAAACAAUAAAAAGCAAUUCCAUUAUAUUAUUAAAUAA